GAGAGAGAGAGAGAGAAGGGAGAGCGAGAGAGAAGGGGAGAGGGAGAGAGACACACACACACAGAUCGCCUUUUCACAACUGAGCUGAGGGGGGCUUUGCCUUUUUAGAGACUGGGAAAAAAAAAACAAAACUUCAUCCAGGAAACUCUUUCUGCAGAAUGAAAUAGGGAGCAGAAGAUAGUUUUCCUUGAAUGGAGAGCAGUGUGUCUUUGGUUUCCAACAUGCAAGAGACUUCACAUUUGUCAUUGGAGAAAUGUAACAGUCCAGCUAAUGGUAACAAUGAAUAUGAUUCAGAUGAAGGUUCGAGCAUGGAAGAUCCUGACUUUAAUUGGGGUGAAUAUUUGGAAGAAACAGGUGCAGUUGCUGCCCCUCAUACAUCAUUCAAACAUGUGGAAAUCAGCCUUCAGAGCAGCUUCCAGCCUGGGAUGAAGCUAGAAGUAGCUAACAAGAACAAUCCAGACACAUAUUGGGUGGCUACCAUCAUAACCACAUGUGGACAGCUCCUGCUGCUGCGUUACUGUGGCUACGGAGAGGAUCGAAAGGCCGAUUUCUGGUGUGAUGUGAUGACGGCUGAUCUUCAUCCAGUGGGAUGGUGUACUCAGAACAACAAGGUGUUGAUGCCACCAGAUGCCAUCAAAGAGAAGUACACAGACUGGACGGAUUUUCUUAUACAUGAUUUGACUGGCUCUCGAACGGCACCCGCCAAUUUACUGGAAGGUCCUCUGCGAGGGAAAAACCCUGUAGACCUCAUUACAGUUGAUUCCUUAAUAGAACUUCAGGAUUCUCAGAACCCCUUUCAGUACUGGAUAGUUAGUGUGAUUGAAAAUGUUGGAGGAAGAUUACGCCUUCGCUAUGUGGGAUUGGAGGAGACUGAAUCCUAUGACCAGUGGUUGUUUUACUUGGAUUACAGACUUCGACCAGUCGGUUGGUGUCAAGAGAAUAAAUACAGAAUGGACCCACCUUCAGAAAUCUAUUCUUUGAAGACAACAUCUGAAUGGAAAUGUGCUCUGGAAAAAUCUCUUAAUGAUGCUGCAAAAUUUCCUCUUCCAAUGGAAGUGUUCAAGGAUCAUGCGGAUGUACGAAGCCAUUUCUUCACAGUUGGUAUGAAACUGGAGGCAGUGGAUAUGAGUGAGCCCUUUAAAAUCUGUCCUGCAUCAGUGACUAAGGUUUUUAACAAUCAUUAUUUGCAAGUGACUAUUGAUGACUUGAGACCAGAAGCUAAACAAAUCUCAAUGCUGUGCCAUGCAGAUUCUUUAGGGAUUUUACCUGUACAGUGGUGCCUUAAAAAUGGAGUCAACCUCACACCACCCAAGGGUUAUACUGGCCAGGACUUCGACUGGGCAGAUUAUCAGAAACAACACGGCGCUGAGGCCGCGCCUCAUUUCUGUUUCAGAAAUACAUCAUUCAGCCGUGGCUUUACAAAGAACAUGAAGCUUGAAGUUGUAAACCCCAGGAACCCGGGGGAACUCUGUGUGGCCUCUAUCAUCAGUGUGAAGGGAAGGUUGAUGUGGCUUCACCUGGAAGGCUUGCAAGCUCCUGUUCCAGAGUACAUUGUGGAUGUAGAGUCUAUGGACAUCUUCCCAGUUGGCUGGUGUGAAGCAAAUGCUUAUCCCUUAACUCCACCACAUAAAACAGUUUUACAAAAGAAGAGAAAGAUUGCGGUCGUGCAGCCAGAAAAACAAUUGCCAUCCACAGUGCCUGUUGAGAAAAUACCUCAUGACCUUUGUUCGUUUCCUCAGCCAGACACAACAGGUACUGUCAAUGGGAAAUACUGCUGCCCUCAGCUUUUCAUCAACCACCGGUGUUUCUCAGGCCCCUACCUGAACAAAGGAAGAAUCGCAGAGCUACCUCAAUCUGUCGGACCUGGCAAAUGCGUGCUGGUUCUUAAAGAGGUUCUUAGCAUGGUAAUUAAUGCAGCUUACAAGCCAGGAAGGGUAUUGAGGGAGCUACAGCUUGUGGAAGACCCACAAUGGAAUUUCCAGGAGGAGACCCUGAAAGCAAAGUACAGAGGCAAAACAUACAGGGCAGUUGUCAAGAUUGUACGAACAUCUGACCAAGUAGCAGAUUUCUGCAAGAGGGUUUGUGCCAAGCUGGAAUGCUGUCCAAAUCUGUUUAGUCCUGUUCUGGUUACUGAAAUCUGCCCAGAAAACUGUUCCAUCCACACCAAAACUAAAUACACUUAUUAUUAUGGAAAGAGAAGGAAGAUUGUCAAACCCCCAAUUGGAGAAAACAAUGCCGAUAUUGGUCCCCCUAAGCCAACGAGGCGGAGGAAACGACGGAAAUCCAUUUUCGUGCAGAAGAAAAGGCGAGCCUCCACAGUAGACUUUGCAGCAGGAUCGGCAGAGGAAAGUGAAGAAGAGGAUGCAGAUGCCAUGGAAGAGGACACGGGGAGUGAGGAAACCAGCUCAGAGCUUCGCGAUGACCAGACCGACACUUCCUCCGCCGACGUCCCCUCUGCCCGUCCCCGGCGAGCCGUCACGUUACGGAGCAGCACAGAAUCGGAUCGACCCCCUCCCGUGGAAAGAGCCAGGAGAAGCCGUAAAGCACAGACGUUCUCCUGUGCCGAAGGAGAUAAGUGCACCCAAGUCAAACAGGAGAGGACAGAGGAAGUAAAACACGAAGAGGAGGAGAAACUUGUUCUGGAGAGUAACCCAUUAGAAUGGACGGUGACAGAUGUUGUGAGGUUUAUUAAACUGACAGAUUGUGCUCCCUUGGCCAAAAUAUUUCAGGAACAGGAUAUUGAUGGUCAAGCACUUCUACUAUUGACACUUCCCACAGUGCAGGAGUGCAUGGAGCUGAAACUGGGGCCUGCCAUCAAGCUUUGCCAUCAGAUUGAAAGAGUUAAAGUUGCAUUCUAUGCACAAUAUGCCAAUUAACUUCAGCCCUUCCCCAUCAUGGAGGAUUCCUGCAUGGGGGACGGGCCAUUUGGGGACAAGUUUUCUUCCGCCUGCAGACAUUUGAAAUUGAAGCACUAAAAAAUCUCAGUGUGAAAAAGACCCAAACUCCUCAACCAAUCUCUGACCCCCUUCCCUGCAUUUAUUUAAUAUGUCUCUGUUUUUAAAGCACACUGAAAUAUCACAGCAACUGCUUUCUGAGAGCAUAACUUGCUGUUUUCUAUUGUGGCAUCCAUUGAUAUAGCAAAAGCUUAGGGAACCUUGCUCACCCUUUUCCCACUAAAUCCACAGCACCUUCUGAUUGACGUUUUCUACACCUUUCAAGAGAAAGGUUAGGAGUCAGUGGUGUGUUUUUCUGCAGUUAUGUGGGAUGCCUACCAGGCAAUUAAAAAAAACUACAAAUAAGCCUCAAGCAAAUUUGUCCACACUUCUUUCAUAUUGAAAUGUGUGUGAUCACAUUUUCAAGUGACUUUUACCAUUGCAAUUUGAUCCUAGUGAUCAACACAUUUCUGUCACAUUUAUGACAUGAGUGUUGAUAUAUAUUAAAACAGGAUGUGAUUAUGAGAAAAACCAACUAAUCCUCUAGUUUUGUCAGCACUCUUAGAAAAAGUGUGAGCACAGGAAAGGAGAGCAGAAUCUAGAAAAAAUCUGCAGAGACAUAUAGUGUCCACAACUCUUAAUGAAACAAAGCUUUGUCCCUUUAAUUUGUCUGUAACCAGAUCAGGAAAGAUCAGGAAGGGGGUUCUUAUAAUUUCUUUAAGAAGUUGAACUACAGGACAACAUGUUGAAAGGAAUUACUUAAGCAUCCCAAAAUAAGGAAAUGGAACGUUUCAGAUGAGGUGGUAUUUGAGACUUCUACCACAAACAACCUGAAAUUCAUUGGGGUGGAGUUCCACAGUGUGUCACCUAUCAGCUUGGCAUGGCUUUGUUUUGGUUAAGUAGCCCAGAUUUCACAGAUCACUUCAACACAAUGAGUGGGAGACGUAACAAUGAUUACUGUGAACUAAAAGCCCUCUGCUUUCUAUUCACUUGCUCUCCAUUCUCUUAAUGGCAUUAUCUGGGUAGACAAAACUGGACCCGAUAACCCAUCACCCAGUAACACUGUAGCCACAGCUCCAUCCAGAUCCCCAACCUGACCAACUUGGAACAUUUUGCAGAUAUAUAGAAUUAAAGAAGUAGACCACCUGUGUAGACCUCUGUGUGGCUCCAGGAUAAGAGUGCUCUUGGACCAAAAGAAUCAUCCAUGAGAUCCAAUCAAUAACUCAAGCAUUCAUCAAGACAUGGAAGUUUCUUAAAGAAUUAUGACCCAUUGUGAUUUUAAUCCACUGAUUUUUUAGAAAAAUAUUUGAAAUUAGUGACAAGUCUUAAAUUAUUCAAAAACUGAGCUCCACAACAGUGGCUUCACAUCUUCAGUAACUGCCUUAACUAUUUUGAUCUUUCCCCACCCAAAAUUUGGUCUCGGAACUGGCAGUGUAGUGUAUAUAACUGUGAUCUGGGCUCACUCCUGUAGCCGCCAUGGGAAUAUUUCAUUGGUUAAACUUUCUCUGGCAAGUCAGAUUAGCAAUGUUGGCCUUUGUUCAGCAUUUUGGGACUGGCAUAGACAAAAGUGAGAAGUUACAUGUAUAUCUUCUGCUAUUGAGAUGUGUUUGUCUGAGCCUAAAGCUAGUGUUUACAGCCAUGUUACAAAUUUUCAAUGAGUGAACUUUUGUGUAGAGAACCCUGGUGGAGCAUCAUUUAGAACAAUGCUUGUUGACAUCAUAAUGCUAGAAAAAUGCCUUGUAAUGCAUCGUUGGUUUUGUAGUAGAGUUUUACUGAAUUCUUCAAGUUAGUUUUGAUCUCCCUUUGGGUCUCCUAGCCCUGUGUCCUCCGCUUCCUUGGCUCAAAAUACUGUAUCAUGAAGUUAAACAUUGCUGAGAGAGGUCAAAAAUUCUGGCCUUUUCUCUGUGCAGAUUUCUUUGUGAUCUUUUCUCUGUGGCCUUUUCUAACCAUGCCAUUUUUGUUUCAUUUAAACUGAUAUGAUGGAAUGAGCCAACUGCACUACAGCAUUUUAGUAUCAAUAUCAACUUCUCUUGCCCUUUCCAGGAAGUGGAAAGGGAUUGGAGAGGGAAGGGCAAGACAUCACCAUGACCAAUGGGUGUGUUAGUGAAGCCCAUAAAUCAAAGCUGGGAUGGUCUCUAACUGGAUGCUCAGCCUUGGCUUGGUUUCAUGGAACUACAUGCCAGGGAUUUUCUUUAUCCUUAUGACUUACUUUCUCCCCGUAUUCUCUUUAUCAGACGACAAGAGAAGAAUGGGGUGAACGUAUUGUUGACUCAACCUUUGUAUGCAUAUAGGAGGAGGAAGUGGACCCAAUCUCAGAGUCAAGUCCAUGAUUGGUUUAAUUAGAGUAUCUUCCAUUUUGACCAUCCUCACAGCCUUUGGGAAAAGCAACUCAUUUUAGAACCACAAGGUUCAAAUCAAAUAAGGAGGAUUUUUGCAGGUUUCUUCCCUUUAGUUUGGGAUACUACUGUAUAACAUUGUCCCCCUUCUCAAUGAAGUUGCUAAUAUCUGCCAGAACUUUUGGUUCUUAAGUUUAAUGUGUACACUCUAAUUUCCCCAAAUUAUAACACAGCUACCAUGACUCCACCCAAAAAAAAAUCCUACACAUACAUCUUUAGAUAAAUGGUUUUUCCCCAUUUCUAUUAAAUUGAUAAAAGUUUCUGAAGACCAGUUAAUUUUUUCCUCUCUACUAAUGCUAAUUAGAAGGACAGUGAAACUCUUGAGUCCACCAUCAUUACCAUUCUGGCCCUUUCCCAAACUUCUAACUGCAGUCUCUUUUUGCCCCUCUCAAGCUAAUAGGUAUGAUCUUAUUUUAUUCAACUACUCUCCAAAGAGUACUUUCUCUUAGUUCCUCCACACUAUACUUUUGAGGCCAGAUUCCCCCCAAUACUUUGGUCCAAUGUACAUUACACAACUCGCUGCCCUUAAAACCUGACUUAAUUUCCCUCCUGUUCCAUACAGACACAGUUUGUGCAAUUUGGCAAACCAAAAAAAAAAAAAAAAAGUCAUCGAUUGUU